AAAUAACAUGCACGCGACCGCUCCGUUUAAAUGUUUUAAAAGUCGAGUGUUUCCGCUGCCUGUUUUAAUGUGUAAGAAGUGAAAAGAGAUAUAGCAACACGACUGAUCGACUUUCUUCGUCUGUUUUAAGAUAACACUAAACAAGCACUAUGGGAUCCGGAGAGAGCAAGAUGGUUGUUUGUGCACCAAUAAAACCAGAACCAGUGAUCAAAAACAGCCGAGUCAGUGAUCUGAUGGAUCCACGCUCUCCUUCAACAGCUGUCGAUCGUACCCCCAUCCAGGUUGCUGUGUCCAAAACAGAGUGUCCACUGGCAUUCACAGACCCUCGCUCACCGACUAUCAACAUUAGCCGCACCCCUGUCAGAGAAGUCAUGAGAGCCACAGUUGGGUCCUUUGCCCGCCGUCUGGGCUUGCUUUUGCACAACGAGUCCGAGGGCAAAGUUCCCGAAGUCCCUCCGAAAUGCUUCACUGACGCCGUGGAGGAGGAAGAGAGUUUUAAGGGUGAAGAAGAGCUGGCCUCCACCGUGCCUCUCCUGUCACCUCAGCCCUCUGACACCUACGGCUCUCUGGCUGAACACGCUAACCUCCUGGCCACCCCCGUGGAGCCCCCUCUCCAGAGUGUGGGUGACCGGAGCCCCUUUGUGCUCCUGCAGAACCCCCAGGUGGAGGUAGAACUGGAAACGGAGACGGACCUUAGCCUGGAGGAGGCUGAAGAAGCGAGAGAGACUCCUCUCCACAAGAGGCUGAGCAUGAGCUUGAUCACCUACCGUGAGGGGGAAACAUCCUCCCAGAUCUUUGCUGAGGUGCACUGUGAAGGGGUUUCUUCUCCGGCGUCUAGUGUGGAAGUGGAGGCACUCGAUGGCAGCGUUGAACGUACCGACGCCCUCCCUACGAUCACUGUUGAACCAGAGACCCCCGUCGAGCGCUCCUUCCCCGCUGAUUCAGAGGUUUUCCAGGCUAAUGUGUCGGAGGAAGCAGAAACCAAAGCUCCAGUUGAAGAGUCGUCUUCCUCACAGCCUCCUGCACCAGAGCCCCCAACCGUCCCCAGCCCAACGCCCCCAACCGUCCCCACCUCCGGCAUCCGCUGCCCCAGCUUCGACUCAAAGAGCCCAAGUCAGGUGGUGUUUAAGCCGCAGUGGUUAGGAAAAGGAUUUGGCGAAACCGGGAUAAGAGCUAGGAGAGUUCAGAGUGGAAAGGGAGGCUCCUCUCCCCUCGCGGUCCGGGUCACCAUGAAGAACGUUAACAACGAGAACAAGAGGCUGUCCGGGAAACUGAAGAAGAAAGGUACUGAAGGCCGCUCCCCGCUGCAGGUGCUCAAGGGAACGAACUCUCCAAGGGAACAACGAACUCAGACGAAGCUGAAGGUGUCCACUCCUGAUAAGCCGAGGCUGGGACAGAUGGACCGCAGAGCGCUGGCCGUGUCUCUGGAUAAGGAGAACCGAUGAUUCAGCACCGAGACGUGGACAGAAUCCGGCUCUUUUUAAAACAGGCUUUUUAUGUGUACCGCUUUCUUAAACUCGUCUUCUCUCUCCUUGUGUAUAUAACUUUUUACUACUGCAGCUUUGUUUCCUCUUUUGUCUUCUUGUAAAUACGAAUAAAAUCAUUUCUCU